GGCACAGGCAGGCGCUAACGCGCACAUGUCACUUCUGAGGGUCCAAAGAAAUAGCGGGAGUUUAGAAGAGCUGGACACGCGGACGUCCCACUUCCAAUUUAACUAGUAAUCACCCGUCUGGUGUUAUGUCCGUUCGUGGGGUCGUCUUGGUAGUCCUGUGCGCGGUCCUAUUGGUGACGCGUGCUCGCCGGAGUUCAGUAGAGCAGGAGGAUGAGGAGAAGAUUAACAGCGCUAGAUGCACCUCCAGGUGUCUCACUUUGCACAUGACCCAGAUAACUGCUGCUUUCAGACACUUCCAGAGUGACCAAGUUCUCGUUUGGUGUGAGAAUCAGAGACGCUGUGCACAGUGCCUUAAACCAUGCAAAGAGCUUUGGGAAACCAAGAAGAAGCAUUCUCUGAAGUCCUGUGAGAAGCAGACAGAAUGUGUGACCAGCAGCGAGUUUCUGACAUCUCUGAGGUCAUCCAGACAGGGUGACUGCCCUCAACCUCAACGCGCGACUGGAUUUGCGGCCGCCUGUGUGGAAAGCUGCUCACUAGACCGACAUUGCCCUUUCCCCAGGAAGUGUUGCUUCAAUGGAUGUGGACACACAUGUCAAACACCAGCCAAUCUUUACAAAGGUGUUCCUCUAAAACCCCGCAGGGAUAUGAGCUUCAUGGAGGAUCCAGUGGGACGGGUGAAAGUGAUGUGGGUGUCCAAGUUUAAUGUCAGCAUAGAGCCGGUCGUUUAUGUGCUCCAGUCACGCUGGAACACGGGCAUUCACCCCAGUGAAGAUAAUGCAUCCCCAUGGAUCACUGUUGCCAUGACCCUUUCUGAGGAUGCUCUACUGUCAGAUCUAAGACCUCAGCGGUGGUAUCAGUUCAGAGUGGCGGCAGUAAACAGCCAAGGCAGCAGGGGCUUCACAACACCAAGCAAGCAUCACAUCUCCAAUAAAGACCCGUCCAUUCCGGGGCCUCCGAUAAAUAUUCGAGUGAGCAACCAGACUCUGGUUCAAAUUACUUCACAAGCAGGUUCUCACUUCACAGGAAGUAGGGCGAGGGGAAUUGGCAUCACUGUGGCGGUCUAUAUACACUGGGACCCCCCUCAGGAAGGAGACCUGCCAGUCCAAAACUACAGAGUCACCUGGAUGUCACGACAUAGGACACAAAACAUCACACAUCCAACACAAGAAAACAAGCAUGAAUUACAUAAAAACUUGCAUACCCGGUUUAUACAGCCACAAGUACACCAGCAGAGUAAAAAAGGAAGCAACAGCCGAGUGACUCAGGGGGUGCAGUGCGAGCUGUGGCUACAUGGUCUUCUUCCUGAUACUUUCUACGUCCUGUCUGUACAGUCAGUAGCCUACUGGGGUCAGAAAAGACUGAAGAGCCCAAGAGCUCACACUGUUUUUACUACAAUGUCUUAUAAAGGUGAAGACCUCUCCAAUGAGCUCCCAUCGGCAUCUUCUUCACUAUCCCCAUCCCAGCCCUUGUCUCCAUCCCUCUCCUCCUCCUCCUUCUCUUCCUCCUCUCCUGACCUUCCCCUUUUCUCUUCUCUUCCUCACCCUGAAUCCCCUCUCGAUCAUGCGGUACCUAGUGACCUUCGCUUGGAGGUUGCCGCCCCCCAUUAUCAUAAUGGUCAGCUACAGGUCAAGGCUUUCUGGAAAAGGUCUAACCAUGCCAGAAAUCGUCACCCUGGGCCAUACAUUCUGCGGUGGCGCCCACAUACCUGCAGCACUAAUGUUACAGGCACUGAGGGCACAGCCAAUGUGCAGGGUACUCAUUACACCAUUACAGGCCUACUGUUUGCAUGUAAGUACUGGGUAGCUGUGGCAAUGACAACUGAUGCUGAGUUGGAAGCUGUUGCCUGGGUCACAACCCCAACUUGCUCCUCCAUCAGGGUCAAAGGAGACAAAACUUUGCCCUGCAGCACUGAAGAGCGCCCACUAGCAGGCAGAAAGGUGAUACUGCGUCCAGAGCGCCUGACUGCAAAAUUCCAGCAUGUCAAUGGUACACUACUAGCUUUUUUUCGCUGGAGGGUAUCCCAACAUGCACUGGACCUGGCAGAAGUUCAAGGGUUCCAGUUUACUUGGACGCUGCAAUCAGAUGUCACCUUGGUAGCAAAAGGCCAAGAGGAUACUCUUAUCUCUCAGACGCAGACAAUUGCACCGUCUCAGCGGGCAGUGAUAAUUCAUGGCCUACAGAGUGACAGUGCUUACAAAGUACAACUGCAGGUUUUAACACCAGGAGGGAACAACGGCGCUGCGGUUUUCAAGACUUUUCACACUCCAGUACUGUGAGGCAGAAGUACAACAUGACUGCUGCACCACUCGUGUCCGUUACCAACAUAUACUAUACUUGCAAACCUUCUUUCAAAUUCCGUUUGUUUUAAUUUAAGUGGUAAAAUGAAGUACCAUAUGAAUUUUUUUCCCUCCUGUUGAUUGUUUAACAAAGCUUGUAUGAAUUUUUCCCACCAGAAUCAUAAAUGUAGCACUUUUCAUAAUUAAUAUGAACAGUAGAUACAAAUCCAAUUUACAGUACAUGUACAGUACAUGGCACAUUGUUGAACUGAAAGUACAGUGGGGCAAAGAAGUAUUUAGUCAACCACUAAUUGUGCAAGUUCUCCCACUUGAAAAUAUUAUAGAGGCCUGUAAUUGUCAACAUGGGUAAACCUCAACCAUGAGAGACAGAAUGUGGUGAAAAAAGAAACAAAAAAUCACAUUGUUUGAUUUUUAAAGAAUUUAUUUGCAAAUCAUUGUGGAAAAGAAGUAUUUGGUCAAUACCAAAAGUUCAUCUCAAUACUUUGUUAUGUACCCUUUCUUGGCAAUAACGGAGGCCAAACGUUUUCUGUAACUCUUCACAAGCUUUUCACACACUGUUGCUGGUAUUUCGACCCAUUUCUCCAUGCAGAUCUCCUCUAGAGCAGUGAUGUUUUAGGGCUGUCGUUGGGCAACACGGACUUUCAACUCCCUCCACAGAUUUUCUAUGGGGUUGAGAUCUGGAGACUGGCUAGGCCACUCCAGGACCUUGAAAUAAUUCUUACGAAGCCACUCCUUUGUUGCCCUGGCUGUGUGUUCAUUGUCAUGCUGAAAGACCCAGCCACGUCUCAUCUUCAAUGCCCUUGCUGAUGGAAGGAGAUUUUCACUCAAAAUCUCUCGAUACAUGGCCCCAUUAAUUCUUUCCUUGACACAGAUCAGUCGUCCUGGUCCCUUUGCAGGAAAACAGCCCCAAAGCGUGAUGUUUCCACCAUGCUUCACAGUGGGUAUGGUGUUCUUCGGAUGCAAUUCAGUAUUCUUUCUUCUCCAAACACGAGAACCUGUGUUUCUGCCAAAAAGUUCUAUUUUGGUUUCAUCUGACCAUAGCACAUGCUCCCAAAAGUUCUAUUUUGGUUUCAUCUGACCAUAGCACAUGCUCCCAGUCCUCUUCUGGAUCAUCCAAAUGCUCUCUAGCGAACCGCAGACGGGCCUGGACAUGUACUGGCUUCAGCAGUGGGACACGUCUGGCAGUGCAGGAUUUGAGUCCCUGGCGGCGCAUUGUAUUACUGAUAGUAGCCUAUGUUACUGUGGUCCUAGCUCUCUGUAGCUCAUUCACUAGGUCCUCCAGUGUGGUUCUGGGAUUUUUGCUCACCAUUCUUGUUAUCAUUUUGUCGCCACGGGGUGAGAUCUUGCAUGGAGCCCCAGAUCGAGGGAGAUUAUCAGUGGUCUUGUAUGUCUUCCAUUUUCUAAUAAUUGCUCCCACCGUUGAUUUCUUUACACCAAGCGUUUUACCUAUUGCAGAUUCAGUCUUCCCAGCCUCGUGCAGGUCUACAAUUUUGUCUCUGGUGUCCUUCGACAGCCCUUUGUUCUUAGCUAUAGUGGAGUUUGGAGUGUGACUGACUGAUGUUGUGGACAGGUGUCUUUUAUACCGAUAAUGAGUUAAAACAGGUGCCAGUAAUACAGGUAACGAGUGGAGCCUGGUUAGACCUCGUUAGAAGAAGUUAGACCUCUUUGACAGCCAGAAAUCUUGCUUGUUUGUAGGUGACCAAAUACUUAUUUCCCACUCUAAUUUGGAAAUAAAUUCUUUAAAAAUGUUUAGUGUCUGUUUUUUUUUCCACAUUCUGUCUGUCAUGGUUGAGGUUUACCCAAGUUGACAAAUACAGGCCUCUCUAAUUUUUUCAAGUAGGAGAACUUGCACAAUUGGUGGUUGACUAAAUACUUAUUUGCCCCACUGUAUAUGCUAAAUUUUCAUUUUAAAAAGGCACUCUAUGGCACUAGAGCCUAAUGAAAUGCCCAGAGUGGUGUUGAACUCUUUGUACGUAGAAAUAAAAAAUCCUAAUAGAAAAUGUUUUAGCACUGACCUUAUGUAUGAAUAGAAAUGCAUAGCUCUAGAUUAUGUUUAUUUCAGUUGGACUGUAAUGCUAUCUUUAAUGUGGUUCUUUUUGCUGGGUGAACACAAAUAUUCUGUAUUUUAGAUACUUUUAAAUCUAAACAUCUGGACUCAAAUGUUUUAUGAACAUUUGUGUUUAAUAUACUAUUGGUUUGUUCCAGCAAUAAUAUGCAUCAUGACUUUUCCGCACUGUUUUUGCUGUACUUGUGGAAAAAAUAGAAUUUAUGUAUAAGUACCCUUUAUGUUGGCCUUUUUAAUGUGUUUUUUAAUUUUUUUACUUUACUGAUGUUACUUUUGUGUAUAUUUCCUUCUCCUCUUUAUAUGGUAAAUAUAUUUAUUGUU